UUCGACUCACUUUGCUGGAGUCGGUUAGUAGCACAAAUUCUGUUAAAUCGCAACUCGUAUUUCUUUUGAAAAAGAUAAAAUUUAUUAGUCAUUGGUGCAUGAAAUGUUGCGAGGUGUGAUAAGUUUCUACGCGAACGCUGUCGUCACGGGAAUCUUUUCGUGGAUGGCCAUGCAAGAAAGUGGUGUUAAUAUUUUGAUCGGGACGAAUCCAACAUCUGCAUCGGGACCAAUAAUAUGGACCAUUUGUCGACAAGAAUUUCCAGAUAAUUCAACAUAUUGUGAUAACUUUGAUGAAAAGAUGAAUCAUGCUGUUCUCAAGAUUUCUGCUGGAUUACGGACCAUGAAAUUAGGAAUGAUUAGGUUGCAUUGAGAAUUGUGGGUAACGUUUUACAGAAAAAAAAUUAGUUGGCUAAAAUUUUCCAAAAAUUUCUGAGGCUAAAAGUUUCGAAGCACAAAGCAAGAGCGUCUUUUUAUUUUGUAAAAGUUUAUGGAAUUAUUUUAAUUUUUGAAUACAAUUUCACAAUUUUUAUUUUACAAAUUUUAGCAAAUUUCAAAUGUAAGGAUAUGAUUUGUUUGCCUGCGUUGGCUCAUUUUUGGUAAAAAAAAAUGACGUUUUCUUACAUGUUUAAGUACUUCGGUCUUCAACUUGACAACUGUUAAAUUGUUCUUUUAAAGCUGGAUUUAAAAUGAAAUUUAAAUAUUUUCACAGAUCUCUCCAGGCUUUCGAUCCGCAUGGUCAUAUACAGAAGCAGAUUGACGAAGUGAAUCAUAUCCUGGCUGACAUGGAAGGACAAAUCGCUUCUCUCCACCCAGCCAGUAACCUCGACGAAUUGCGAGCCGUGAUUUCGCUCGUGCAGAAAAAAUUGGCUCAAUUAUACACAACCCUUGACAACGUGGCGAAAAAUGCGACUGACGAACUCCAACCGGAAAUCGAUGGGCUAAUCGCCUCCGUAAGCACGGUGUGUGUCAGCCUUUUUUCCUUAAAAUUGACUAUCGCGGAUAUAGAAAGUCGCCUUAAGGAGGUACAAAUUGUGGACAUUGUGGCAAAAAUUAUUUCCGGACCCGUGCCCCGUUACGAAAAUGACGUCUUUAAGAAGGGAAACGCCCCAACUGUCAUAUCCACCAUUGUGACGUUAAGCUACUGCGAAAUCUUGAAAGAUGUCAAUCAUAUCUUCAAUCUUUUGGAUUUUCUUUCCCUACUUGAGAACGAUAUUAAACUUUGGGGAUACCAAGAACUCUACCAUGCUGUUCUUGCCAACGGCCAGUUAUAUAAUACCGCCCAACCGUUCAUCGUGGCCAACAAGAUCGUUGGGUUGGCUAAAAACUCCAAUUUCAUCAUUGCUAAGGCAGCGAUGAGUUUUCUAAGUGAAAUCGUACACCCAAUCAUAACUCCGGUCGUGAUGCAAGAAACCGCCCUGCAGUUUUCUUACCAAGUAAACGUAACGGAAAUAAAUCAUGAAAAUGGAACCGUUGCGACACUCCAGGAUGUUACGUUCAUUCGUAAAACUUCAAUUCGCAUUUUGAACUAUGGACAUAUUGACGACCAUCUUAGCAUCCGUUUCGGCUGCGUCAUUUUUGUGAAUGACUAUACGAACAUGAAAGUUGCCUACACCUUGCGCCAUGGAAAUGUUCUAAUAACGAGAAUUGUAAAUGAAGCAGGCGUCGAUUGGGAUAAUCAAGGCGAUGUAUUGAUGUGGAUCGAGGCAACAUGUUCCUUCUGUUCAGAUUGUUUGAAAUCCAUGCCAACCAAUGGAAAUACAGACAUGUGGCAGAUAUUUGCAAACAAGAUAGCUUGUGCAUCGUACCGUGUCCGUGUUUUUGGGAACGACUAGUUAAAACUAAGGCGACGUGCAGGUUUUUUUAUGUAUUUAGUUAUGGUAAGAAUUACAUACGUCGGGUGAUGAGAGGUGACAAAGCAUUUGGGUUUUUUAAAAUUUAGGAAUCUGGGAAUUUAUCCAGUUGAUAAACAGCUUGAAAUAUAAUCCCGCAUUAUUUAGCUUUGAAACAUUUAAAUUUUUGGAUCACUUCGGAUCAUCUGGUGUAAUUCUUAUCAGAAGUAUAAAAACAGUACAUCGCCUUGGUUGGAACCCUUAUUAUUUCGAAUCAUGUCGUAUUUAGGGUUACGAAUGGUGUGUGAAAUAAACUCUUUAAAAAAUA